UCUCUCCUCCCCACAGCCACCAUGAGAUUCUGGACCACUUGCCCUUCCUUCUCCACCGUCUACUUCCUCUUCGUCCUCUUCAUGGCGUCCACCAUCUUCCACUGCCACCAGCGCCUGGCUCUGGUGCCCACCCCCUGGGCCUCCUCGGGCCGCGUGGUCCUGGGCCCCAGAGACCUGCCACAGGGGGGCAUGUUCACUAUCAACUCCAAGGGCCGCCUGGGGAACCAGAUGGGCGAGUACGCCACCCUGUACGCCCUGGCCAAGGUGAACGGGCGGCCGGCCUUCAUCCCGGCCCAGAUGCACAGCAUGCUCGCCCCCAUCUUCAGGAUCACCCUCCCCGUCCUGCACGGCUCCACGGCCAGCAAGAUCCCGUGGCGGAACUACCACCUGAACGACUGGAUGGAGGAGGAGUACCGCCACAUUCCCGGGGAGUACGUGCGCCUCACCGGCUACCCCUGCUCCUGGACCUUCUACCACCACCUCCGAGACGAGAUCCUCCGGGAGUUCACCCUGCACGACCACGUGCGCCAGGAGGCCCAGAAGUUCCUCCAGGCCCUGCAGGCCAAGUGGGCCUGGCAGGCAACCUUCGUGGGGGUCCACGUGCGCCGGGGGGACUACGUCCACGUCAUGCCGCGGGUGUGGAAGGGCGUGCUGGCCGACAGGGGCUACCUGCGCCAGGCCCUGGACUGGUUCCGGGCCCGCUACCGCAGCCCGGUCUUCGUGGUCACCAGCGACGACAUGGCCUGGUGCCGGCAGAACAUUAACAGCUCCCUCAGGGACGUGGUGUUCGCAGGCAGCGGCCGUCAGGGCUCGCCCGCCAAGGACUUCGCGCUGCUCACGCAGUGCAACCACACCAUCAUCACCGUGGGCACCUUCGGGAUCUGGGCCGCCUACCUUGCGGGUGGGGACACCGUCUACCUGGCCAACUUCACCCUGCCCGACUCCCCCUUCCACGUGAUCUUUAAGCCACAAGCGGCCUUCCUGCCAGAGUGGGUGGGCAUUGCCGCCAACCUAGGGCAGGCCAGAGACAACAGCCCUUAGCCCUGCACGUGUCCCUCCCUCGCCCUUGGCUCCACAGGUCGUGUGAGGGGUGCGUGCAGCGCAUGGGCUCGGGAUCAGACACCCAAGUUUGAAUCCAGGCUGCUCUGCUUCCUAGCUGGGUGACUUCAGACAAGUGACUUAACGUCUCUGUGCCUUAGUGUGUCACCUGAAAAAUGAAUGUAAUACAGAACUUCC